AUGGCUCAUGUGGUGCAAAUAGCGGAGGGAAAAAUUUCUGGAGACACCAGGACAGAUCUCAAUGGGGACAAGUUUCAUUCAUUUUUAUGUAUACCAUACGGAAAAGCUCCAGUAGGCGACCUACGGUUUAAGGCGCCACUACCAGUUGAGCCAUGGGAAGGGAUAAAAGAGAUGAUCACGGAAGAUAAAACCGGAUUCCAGAAGAACAUUUUUUUGAAGGAAUAUACUGGACAAGAAGAUUGUUUAUCUCUUCAUGUAUUUACAAAGAAACUUCCCCAUGAAGAAGCCAAACUGAAACCUGUGAUGGUUUACAUUCACGGAGGAGGUUUUAUAAUGGGAAGUCACGAAACUAUGAUGUAUGGUCCAGAAUACCUCAUGUCUGAAGACAUAGUUCUCGUCAGCAUCACUUACCGAGUCGGUCUUCUGGGUUUUCUUAGUUUAAAAGACGAAUCACUGGACGUUCCUGGAAACGCAGGUCUAAAAGACCAAGUACUGGCUUUAAAGUGGGUCCAAAGAAAUAUAAGAAAUUUUAAUGGAGAUCCCAAUAACGUUACCAUAUUUGGCGAAAGUGCAGGAGGAGCUUCUGUUGAAUAUUUGCUGUUGUCUCCUUCGACGAAAGGUUUGUUUCACAGAGCCAUAAUUCAGAGCGGAUCGACUUUAAAUCCGUGGACUCGAGGAAACUUUGAACUAACUGAUUUUGCCAAGUUUAUUGGAAAAGAUAAUUUGAAUGAAAAAGAACUUUUAAACAGUUUAAGAGAUAUGGCUGUCCAGGAGCUGUACGAUCAACAAAAUCAAUAUCUUAAGUCCAAGAAUCUAUUGGUAGACUUCGGUUUAAUAACCCCAGUGAUAGAAAAACCCAACCCAACUGCAUUUAUAACCGAAAAACCUAUUGACAUAAUCCACUCAGGGAACUACAACGAUGUACCCGUGAUAAUUGGUUACAACGACGCUGAAGGUCUUCUUUUAGACUUCUUGGUGGUACUUGGAAUGAAAGUGGCAAAAGUGGAGGAAGAACUAGCCAUUGAACAGAUGCUACCAUGCGAGACGAAUUUAUCUGAUACACAACAAGUCGAACGAUUAGUUGAAAAGUUACGACAUUUUUAUCGCCCAGAAACUGAUCCUGUGGGACGAAUUAAUUUGAUUACGGAUGCCUUGUUUGCGGCUGGAGUAAUUACCUCUGCUAAAAAUCAAGCAAAGGUCUCAAAGAAUCCUGUAUAUUUUUAUAGAUUUACAUUCGAAGGAGGCCUGAACAUGCUAAAGAAAAUGGCAAAUGAUAAACGUCCAGGAGCGUGUCACGGGGAUGAACUGGGAUACUUAUUUAAAAGCGCUUUGACAACGGAUAUUGCAGAUGAAGAUAAAACUGUUUUAAAACAAAUGGUAACACUGUGGACAAACUUUGCCAAAUUUGGAAAUCCAACACCACCAGGAAACAAUCUAAACAUUGAAUGGAAGCCAAUACAUAAUGGUCGGUUGAACUUCUUAGAUAUUGGAAAGCAGCUGAAAAUGGAUGUUAAUCCAGAAGUUGACAGGAUGAAAAUUUGGAAUGAGAUUUAUCAAUGUAAUCCACUUACAGCUAAAUAUUAAAUAUCUGUGUUAAAAAUUCUCUGUAAUGUUGUUAUAUUUAUAUUUUAUAUAUAAUAUAUAAU